AUGGCCCAGCUGCUUGUACCGACGGGACCCGACAGCUUCCGCCCCUUCGUACCCGAGUCGCUGGCCGCCAUCGAGAGGCACAUCGCCGAGGAGCUGGCCCGCCGGCCGCGGGUGGAGCGCCGCGGGGCCGACGGCGCCGGAGGAGACGAGGACGACGAGCCGCGGCCCAACGGCGACCUGGAGGCGGGGAAGUCCCUGCCCUUCAUCUACGGAGACGUGCCCCCGCGCCUGGUGUCCACGCCGCUGGAGGACCUGGACUCCUUCUACUGCAACCAGAAGACCUUUAUAGUAUUGAACCGUGGGAAGGCCCUCUUUCGCUUCAACGCCACGCCUGCAUUGUACAUCCUCAGCCCCUUCAACCCUCUGCGGCGGAUCUCCAUCAGAGUCCUGGUCCACUCGAUGUUCAGCGUGUUGAUCAUGUUCACCAUCCUGACCAACUGUGCGUUCAUGACCCUCAGCAACCCCCCCGACUGGGCCAAGAAUGUGGAAUACACUUUCACAGGGAUCUACACCUUUGAGUCACUCAUCAAGAUCCUGGCCAGGGGCUUCUGUGUGGGCAAGUUCACGUUCUUGCGCGACCCCUGGAACUGGCUGGACUUCAGUGUUAUCCUCAUGGCAUAUGUCACAGAGUUUGUGGACCUGGGCAAUGUCUCAGCACUGCGAACCUUCAGGGUUCUGAGGGCCCUGAAAACUAUUUCUGUCAUCCCAGGCCUGAAGACCAUCGUGGGGGCUCUGAUCCAGUCGGUCAAGAAGCUGUCGGACGUCAUGAUCCUCACUGUCUUCUGCCUCAGUGUGUUCGCCCUCAUCGGCCUGCAGCUCUUCAUGGGCAACCUGCGCCAGAAGUGCGUGCGUUUCCCCCUAGCGCUCAACGAUAGCCUAGCAUUGAACGGGACCUUCAACUGGACCGAGUACAUGAACAACGACAGUAAUUACUACAGCCUCCCCAACCGUCGGGACCCGCUGCUCUGCGGAAACGGCACUGGCGCCGGGUUGUGUCCCGAGGGCUACAUUUGCCUGAAGGUGGGCCGUAACCCAGACUACGGCUACACCAGCUUCGACUCCUUCAGCUGGGCCUUCCUCUCAUUGUUCCGCCUGAUGACCCAGGACUACUGGGAGAACCUGUACCAACAGACGCUGCGGGCGGCCGGUAAGCCCUACAUGAUCUUCUUCGUCCUGGUCAUCUUCCUGGGCUCCUUCUACCUGGUCAACCUGAUCCUGGCCGUGGUGGCCAUGGCCUACGACGAGCAGAACCAGGCCACCAUCGAGGAGAACCAGCAGAAGGAGGAGGAGUUCCAGGCCAUGCUGGAGCAACUGAAGAGACAGCAGGAGGAGGCGCAGGUUGCCGCGGCAGCAGCAGCGGCAGGGCCAGAGGAGGAGAGCGGGGAGUACAGCGAGCGAGGUGAAGGGGGAGGAGGAGGAGGAGGAGGAGGAGGAGGGAGAGGAGGAGCCGCCGUCACCUCAGAGUCCUCGUCCCUGGCGUCCAAGCUCAGCUCCAAGAGCGCCAAGGAGCGGCGGAACCGGCGCAAGAAGCGCCGGCAGCGGGAGGAGGAGGAGGAGCGGGGCCGGCGGGGUACGGUCCACAAGUCCGAGUCCGAGGACAGCAUCAAGAGGUCAAGCUUCCGCUUCUCCAUCGACGCCAACCGCCUCACGUACGAGAAGAGGUGCUCCUCGCCCAAUCAGUCCCUGCUCAGCAUCCGGGGCUCGCUCUUCUCGCCGCGCCGCAACAGCCGCGCCAGCCUCUUCAGCUUCCGGGGGCGGGCCCGCGACGCCGGCUCGGAGAACGACUUCGCCGACGACGAGCACAGCACGCUGGAGGAGGGGCCAUGCGGCGACGACAGCCGGCGCGGAUCGCUCUUCGUGCCGCGGCGGGCCGAGCGCCGAUACAGCACGGCCAGCCAGGGGAGCGUGUGCAGCGGCACCGUGCCGCGCGACAGGCGUCUGCCCGCCAAUGGGAAGAUGCACUGCGCCGUCGACUGCAACGGCGUGGUGUCGCUGGUGGCCGGCGCCGCGGGGGGGCUGCCUCUGCCACCGCCCACUCCCCCGACCGGCCGUCUCCUGCUCCCCCAUGAGGUGAUGACUCCCCCCCCCUCCCCCCCUCCCCCCCUCCCUCGCGGGACCAUGACGAUGGACACGGAGCUCAAGAAGAGGUGCUCCAGCUUCCGCAAGGCGUCCAUGGACUUCCUGGAGGAGCCGGGCGCCCGGCAGAGAGCCCUGAGCAUCGCCAGCAUCCUCACCAACACCAUGGAAGAACUGGAAGAGUCCAGACAGAAGUGCCCCCCCUGCUGGUACAAGUUCGCCAACUCCUACCUGAUCUGGGACUGCCACCCCACCUGGCUGCGGUUCAAGGAGGUGAUGAACAUGGUGGUGAUGGACCCCUUCGUGGACCUGGCCAUCACAAUCUGCAUCGUCCUCAACACGCUCUUCAUGGCCAUGGAGCACUACCCAAUGACCAUCGAGUUCAACAACGUGCUGUCUGUGGGGAACCUGGUGUUCACGGUCAUCUUCACGGCCGAGAUGUGCUUCAAGAUCAUCGCUCUGGACCCCUACUACUACUUCCAGCAAGGCUGGAACAUCUUUGACAGCAUCAUCGUCAGCCUCAGUCUGAUGGAGCUCGGCCUGGCCAACGUAGAGGGGCUGUCUGUGCUGAGGUCCUUCCGAUUGCUGAGGGUGUUCAAGCUGGCCAAGUCGUGGCCAACCCUCAACAUGCUGAUCAAGAUCAUCGGCAACUCGGUGGGUGCCUUGGGCAACCUCACCCUGGUCCUUGCCAUCAUCGUCUUCAUCUUCGCGGUGGUGGGCAUGCAGCUCUUCGGCAAGAGCUACAAGGAGUGCGUGUGCAAGAUCCACGUCGACUGCAAGCUGCCGCGCUGGCACAUGCACGACUUCUUCCACUCGUUCCUCAUCGUGUUCCGCGUGCUGUGCGGCGAGUGGAUCGAGACCAUGUGGGACUGCAUGGAGGUGGACGGCCAGAGCGUGUGCCUAAUCGUCUUCAUGAUGGUCAUGGUCAUCGGCAACCUGGUGGUUCUGAACCUCUUCCUGGCCCUGCUGCUGAGCUCCUUCAGCGCCGAUAACCUGGCCGCCACGGACGAGGACAGCGAGAUGAACAACCUGCAGAUUGCCGUGGGCCGCAUCCAGCGCGGCAUCGCCUUCUUCAAGGCCGCCAUGCGCAAGUUUCUGCGGAGGAUCUGCUUCGACGGGGUCGCCGGCAGAGGCAAGGACCAGGCCAUGCCCCUGGAGAGCAAGACCGUGGAGGAGUUGCAGAGCAACGGCAAGGGCAACUGCAUCUCCUCCAACCACACAGCGGUGGAAGUCAUCACCAAGGAGCCCAGCCCGGCGGGGGAGUACCUGAAGGAGGGCAAUGGGCGCCCGGGGUGGGGGGGGGUCCUGGGGGUGGGGGUGGGUGACGGCGGGGACAACAGCCCGAUGGAGAAAUACCCUGUGGAGGACUGCGACUACUUGUCCUUCAUCCACAACCCCGUCCUGACGGUCACGGUGCCCAUCGCCGUGGGAGAGUCGGACUUUGAGAACCCCAACACGGAGGAGUUCAGCAGCGACUCGUCGGAUGUGGAAGGCAGCACUGAGAAAAUAGACAUCGAGCCCAGACCCCCGAGCUCCUCUGAGGGGAGCACAGUGGACAUCCGACCCCCCGGGGAGGGGUGCGAGUCAGAGGAGAUGGAGCCUGAGGAGUCCAUGGACCCGGCGGCCUGCUUCACCGAUGGCUGCGUGCGCAGGUUCCAGUGUUGCCAGGUGAGUGUGGAGGAAGGCUGGUGGAAGAGCUGGUGGACACUGAGGAAGACCUGCUUCAUCAUAGUGGAGCACAACUGGUUUGAGUCAUUCAUCAUCUUCAUGAUCCUGCUCAGCAGUGGAGCCCUGGCCUUUGAGGACAUUUACAUCGAGCAGCGGCGGACAGUGAAGACCAUGCUGGAGUACGCAGACAAGGUGUUCACGUACGUCUUCAUCCUGGAGAUGCUGUUGAAGUGGGUGGCGUAUGGUUUCGUCAAGUACUUCACCAACGCCUGGUGCUGGCUGGACUUUCUUAUCGUUGAUGUCUCUAUUGUUAGCUUGGUGGCUAAUGCACUGGGCUAUUCUGAGCUGAGCGCCAUUAAAUCUCUGCGAACACUGCGGGCCCUUCGACCCCUGAGGGCCCUUUCCCGGUUCGAGGGCAUGAGGGUGGUGGUGAACGCUCUGCUGGGUGCCAUUCCGUCCAUCAUGAACGUGCUACUGGUGUGCCUCAUCUUCUGGCUCAUCUUCAGCAUCAUGGGCGUAAACCUGUUCGCCGGCAAGUACUACUACUGCGUCAACACCACCAACGACGAGGUGUUCCCCAUUGACGUGGUCAACAACCGCAGCGAGUGCCUGGCGCUGGUCAACGACAGCGCGCGCUGGAAGAACGUCAAGAUCAACUUCGACAACGUGGGCGCAGGCUAUCUGGCGCUGCUGCAGGUGGCAACGUUUAAGGGUUGGAUGGACAUCAUGUAUGCUGCCGUGGACUCUCGCAACUUGGAGGAUCAACCGGAGUAUGAGGUGAACCUCUACAUGUACCUCUAUUUCGUCAUCUUCAUCAUCUUCGGCUCCUUCUUCACCCUCAACCUCUUCAUCGGUGUCAUCAUCGACAACUUCAACCAGCAGAAGAAAAAGUUUGGAGGUCAGGAUAUCUUCAUGACGGAGGAGCAGAAGAAAUACUACAAUGCCAUGAAGAAGCUGGGAUCCAAGAAGCCCCAGAAGCCCAUACCCAGACCUACGAACGCGUUCCAAGGCUUUGUGUUCGACUGCAUCACCAAGCAGGCCUUUGACAUCGUCAUCAUGAUCCUCAUCUGCCUCAACAUGGUCACCAUGAUGGUGGAGACGGACGACCAGGGUGUGGACAUGGACUGGGUGCUGUACUGGAUCAACCUGGUGUUCAUCGUGCUGUUCACGGGCGAGUGCGUGCUCAAGAUGGUCUCCCUGCGCCACUACUACUUCACCAUCGGCUGGAACGUCUUCGACUUUGUGGUGGUCAUCCUGUCCAUUGUUGGUAUGUUUCUGUCAAAAGUCUUCGAGAAGUACUUGGUCUCUCCGACGCUGUUCCGCGUCAUCCGCCUGGCGCGAAUCGGCCGCAUCCUGCGCCUGAUCAAGGGCGCCAAGGGCAUCCGCACACUCCUCUUCGCCCUGAUGAUGUCCCUGCCGGCUCUCUUCAACAUCGGGCUCCUCCUCUUCCUCGUCAUGUUCAUCUACGCCAUCUUUGGCAUGUCCAACUUCGCCUACGUCAAGCACGAGUCGGGCAUCAAUGACAUGUUCAACUUCGAGACCUUUGGCAACAGCAUGAUCUGCCUGUUCCAGAUCACCACCUCGGGCGGGUGGGACACCCUGCUGGCGCCCAUCCUGAACAAGCGCGAGCCCGACUGCGACAGCCAACUGGAGCACCCGGGCAACCCCAACAAGGGCAACUGCGGCAACCCUUCGGUGGGCAUCCUGUUCUUCGUCAGCUACGUCAUCAUCUGCUUCCUGAUCGUGGUCAACAUGUACAUCGCCGUCAUCCUGGAGAACUUUAGCGUGGCCACAGAGGAGAGCGCCGAGCCGCUGAGCGAGGACGACUUUGAGAUGUUCUACGAGGUGUGGGAGCGCUUCGACCCCGACGCCACCCAGUUCAUCGAGUAUGCCCGGCUGUCGGAGUUCGCCGACGCCCUGGACCCGCCGCUGCGGAUGCCCAAGCCCAACAAGAUCCAGCUGAUUGGCAUGGACCUGCCCAUGGUGAGCGGCGAACGCAUCCACUGCCUGGACAUCCUCUUCGCGUUCACAAAGCGCGUGCUUGGCGAGGGCGGCGAGAUGGACGUGCUGCGCGGGCAGAUGGAGGAGCGCUUCAUGGCGUCCAACCCGUCCAAAGUGUCCUAUGAGCCCAUCACCUCCACGCUGCGGCGCAAGCAGGAGGACACGUCGGCGCGGAUGAUCCAGCGGGCGUUCCGGUGCCACCGUGUCCGCCUGGCCAUGAAGCGGGCGUCCAAGCUGUACAAGGAGCAGUUGGCGGUGGGCGUGCGGGACCCGGACAAGGACGUGGUGGUCUUUGGCUUGCCCGAGGAGAGCUCGGAGAGGUCGAACAAAACGGAGCUCACGCUGUCGACGGCGUCGCCUCCCUCCUACAACAGCGUGACCAAGUCGGCGAAAUACGAGCAGGGGGACUCAGAGAAGGAGAACAUGGGAAUGGACUCACGAGGCAGGAGGCAAUAG